GCGGCGCUGCGGGCCUCAGUAGGGCGCCCAGGAAGGCGAGGCCGCGCGGGACAUGCCCCUGGCUUAGCCCGGCCGAGGCAUGGCUGCCGGCAGGCUGCUGCUCUACACGGGCCUCUCGCUGGCGCUCUGCGCCCUGGGCAUGCUGGCCGUGGCCAUCUGCUCGGACCACUGGUACGAGACGGACGCGCGCAAGCACCGCGACCGCUGCAAGGCCUUCACCACGCGCCGCGUGGACCCGGGCUUCAUCUACAACAACAACAACAACCUUCCGCUGCGAGCAAGCCGCGCGCGCCUCGACCGCUGGGAAGGCAAACUCCUGCGCGCCCGCAACCGUCGCCAGCUCUUUGCCAUGAGCCCCGCGGAUGAGUGCAGCCGCCAGUACAACUCCACCAACAUGGGCCUGUGGAGAAAGUGCCACCGCCAGGGGUUCGACCCCGACAUCGCCGCGCUCAUCCGCAAAGGGGAGCUGGAGCGGUGCACCUACAUCAAGUACCACUACUCCUCAGCCACCAUCCCCAGGAACCUCACCUUCAACAUCACAAAGACCAUCCGCCAGGAUGAGUGGCACGCCCUGCGUGAGUACCGCGUCCUGGCAGCCUGGGGGAGGGGCCCGGUCGGGCAAGGCCUCCGGACAGAGGGGCAGCUCCUGACUGACCGCACUGACCUCUGA